UCCGGUCCACCGAAAGACUCGGGUCUUCACAGAUAUAUAUUUCUAGUGUAUAAACAGUCGGAUGUGAUUCACACCGACGAGAAGACUGUGUCCGAGCGUUCAAUCGAUGGCAGAAUGAUGUGGAAUGUUAGGACAUUUGCUAAAGAAAACAAGCUUGCAAUCGCUUUCAUUAGUAGUGAGUCUUUGGGUGAGGAAAUUAAAGGGCGAGUGAAAAGUCGGGUCAAGAGUUUCAUCAGCAGAAGAAGAAUGUCUCCCUUAAGACGCGACGGUAUUGUUCCCGAUGUCAUCGAUUCGGUGCCGAAGGACACGAUAACGGUGAAGUAUCCGUCGGGAGUUGAGGUCAACUAUGGCAACGAAUUAACGCCCACUCAAGUGAAGGACAAACCUACGGUUGUCUGGCCCGCAGACGGCAACUCUCUGUACGCACUCGUGAUGACAGAUCCGGACGCCCCGAGUCGUAAGGAGCCCGUCAAUGGUCAGGUCAAACACUGGCUUGUGGUCAAUAUUCCGGGCGCCGAUGUGGCCAAAGGUCGACCGCUGGCCGAUUAUAUCGGCUCCGGUCCGCCGCAGGACACGGGUCUUCAUCGGUACGUGUUUUUGGUGUACAAACAGACGGCGACUAUCGAUACGAACGAGAAGAAUGUGUCCAAUCGUUCCCGUGAAGGACGUCUGAAGUGGAAAGUCAGGGAUUUUGCCAAACAAUACAAUUUGGGUGAACCCAUAGCCGCCAACUUCUAUCAGGCACAUGUUUUUAUAAGCGAUACUUUUGGUCAAAACCAGACUAAGAGUAAAAUCAGGAGAACGGGUGGACGAAGAAGUUCUCCCGUUAGACGCGAUGGUAUUGUUCCCGAUGUUAUCGAUUCGGUGCCAAAGGGAAAGAUUACCGUUAAGUAUACGUCGGGACUGGAAGUGAAAUACGGCAAUGAAUUAACGCCAACACAAGUGAAGGUCCAGCCGGUGGUCGAGUGGCCGGCGGACAAAGACUCGUACUAUACGCUGGCAAUGGUUGAUCCCGACGCUCCCAGUCGUAAGGAUCCCAUGUUUGGUCAAUACAAACACUGGUUGGUCAUUAAUAUUCCGGGCUCCGACGUGACCAAGGGCAAAACUUUGGCCGAGUAUAAAGGCUCGGGACCACCGAAGGAUACGGGACUACACCGAUAUAUUUUCCUGGUCUACAAACAGCCGGGUAUUGUCAAUACAAGUGAAAAGACAGUGGCCAGCGAUUCCCUGUCCGGUCGUCCAUUCUUUAAAGUGCGGGAUUACGCAAAGACCAAUCGGUUGAGCCAACCCGUGGCCAUCAACUACUUUCAGGCACAGUUUGAUGGGUCCCUCGGAUAA